GUUGGCUUCUCAGACUCCUGCAGAUUUAUAGCGCAACACUUUUACUCCCUCAGACGCCUACUUCUGCAAUGCCGCGCUCGUUCCUCGUCAAGACCAAACGGACGCAUCUCUACAGCCCACCAAGGGAUGACUACUUCAGACAGCAGGCUGAGACUGAUGCCAAGGAGGCUACGACUGGCCACCUUGAAGAUGCUCCGAAACCUUUAUCCCCCGGGAUCAGAGACCUUCUGGCUGAUCCCUGCUCACCCAAAGAAGGGUUGGAAAACUGCUCCUACAGAACAGCAAAACACAAGCUCUGGCCUUCAGCCUCUGUGGAGAAAGAAGUCUAUCCUCCACCAGCCUCUUCAUGGUCAUCGGACCAACAACAAUCCAACAGAGAAAGAGAACUCGAGAGACUCGUCCUCUUGUUGCUCAACCACACAUCGCACACUGACCUCAAAUCGCCCGUCAGAGAUUGUCCUCUCUGUGAGAAGCAGUCUGUGUCAGAUAUCCUAAUAUCCGGCAGUCAUCCUCAGGAUCAGGUGUACAACAACCUCUCAAUCCCUUUGACAAGGUCACUGACUUCUACAGACAUGUCCCACAUGCCCUUUGGUUUCCGAGAAGCUGGCAGCUACAGUAGAGCAAAGGACCGCAGUUUUGGUUGCAAAGUGUGCGGGAAGGUCUUUAAGCGCUCGUCCACCCUGUCCACUCACCUCCUCAUCCACUCUGACACACGACCUUACCCCUGCCAGUACUGUGGCAAAAGGUUCCACCAGAAGUCUGACAUGAAGAAACACACUUUCAUACACACAGGUGAGAAACCACACGUGUGCAAGGUGUGCGGUAAAGGAUUCAGCCAGAGCUCCAACCUCAUCACCCACAGCCGAAAGCACAGCAGCUACCGGCCUUUCAGCUGCUCUCGCUGUCAGCACACUUUCCAGCGAAGGGUGGACCUGCAGCGCCACCAAGAGACUCAAUGUGGCUAUGGAGAAGCUUACGCCCAAAGAUGAGGCAAUAAACAAGAAGUGUUGGAAUAGGUGUAACUUUUCUUGUAAAUAGGCCUUUGUUUAAAGGUAGGCGCAGUAUAUGUUUUGUUUACAUGA